UAGAUCUUUGGAUUCUCAAAGGUAAAACAAUUAUUUGAACUCCAGGUGGUGCAGAAUAGGUUGGCCUCGUUAGAACUAUAAAAUGAACAAGAUCGUCAGUUUGAUUUUGCUCAUAUCUUUGACCGCACUUCAUACUGAUGCUAAGAAGACCAAGAAGGAAGAAGUAGAUACACAACAAAAGGCUCUCGAAGAAAGUAAUGAAGCCGAAGACCCCGAAGCAGGAGCAGCCGAGUUUCCAGGCUUUGCCCUUCGUAUUCCUAUUCCUAAUUUAGGUGCUUUGUCUCACAUACGACAACAAUUGGAAAAUCUCUUCCCCGGACCGAAACAAGCGGACUAUAAACCUGGUAAGACCAAGACAACGACCACCUCGAAGAACUCGACUCAUGGUCCGUUCAAGACAUACAGUGUUACUGAGGAGACUGUGUCCACAGAUAACAAGAGCUCACCUCAUGUCUUGUCAAAGGUUUACAAGUCCAUCACAACCCUUGAUAAGGACAAACUGCCCAAAGGCAAAGAUGGAAAAGUGAAGAUUCCUUCCGCUAUGGAGUUCGAUUUCGGACCUUUUGGACCGCAAUUUCACGAUGAAGGUGGCAAGAAAUGCAGCGCAUCAUCUGAAUGUGGUAAUGUGGAAUACUGUGACGCGUUUUUCGGUGUGUGUAAGAAACGUUUGAGUGAUGGAGCAGCUUGCACUCAGAAAGACCAGUGCGAGGACAAGUUUAGAUGUACCUGGGGUCGCUGUAUAAAGAAUUCCGAGGAGGGUAGUUCAGGCACAUUCUGUGACUCGGACAGUGAUUGCCAUUCUGCGGACGAGGAACUCAGCUGCAGAGAGCAGCCGGAUAUCAGUCGUUACUUCCGUCUGUGUAUGGCCAAGUUAGGAGAAGGAGCUACUUGUGGCCACGCUGGCCUCUUUGAUUUGUUCAGACCAGCUGAGGAGGUGUCGAACUACUGCAAGAAGGGACUCGUGUGCAAGACUGUUGGGUUUUUUGGCCGUAAGGCUUGCAUCCGACCUGAGGAGACAAAGUCCAUCGACGAUGAAGUUUCGAAAAAGGAAAUAAAACCGAGCAAGGCCGGGAAAACAGGCAAGGAAAAGAAAAUAAAGUUUUAAACAACAAUACUCCAAUGGAAGCUACGUUAUGUUGUUAAGAAACUGGACAAGAAAUAAUUGAUUUGUAAAGAUAUUAAGUUGGAUAAAAUAAAGUAAAAAA